AUGAAGCUAUCUGUGUCAAGGUUGACAUUCCUAUGGUUAACCUUGUUAUCCAUUGUUACAGCCAUGAAGUUUGACGACUUCAAGACGUGUUCACAGUCUGGCUUUUGUCGACGCAAUAGAGCUUAUGCAGACCAAGUGACCACAUCACCAUAUCAAUUAGUACCAAAUUCAAUCCAGGCAAAUAAUGACCAUGUCUAUGCAGAAAUAAUCAACAAGGAAACUCGUGUGGUGUUGACGAUGGAUGUGUACGUGUUGCAAGAUAAUACAGCACGUGUUCGAAUUAAUGAAAAGAAUCCCAUUAAACCACGUUAUGAUGACCAUAUAAAAUACACUCUUUACUCUGAACCUCAACUUGCAGGUCAGACCACAGUAGAUAGUCAAGAAGAGGUCAUCAUCAAAAACAAGGAACGCACCAUUGUCAUACAUCCUGAUCCUAUGCGUAUCGAAUUCUUGGUCAAUGACCAACCUGUCAUCACUCUCAACGAACGUGGAUUCUUCAACUUUGAGCACUUACGACUCAAAGAUGGUGAGAGCGGACAGGAUGAUCUUUGGGAAGAGACGUUCAAGACGUGGACAGACCCAAAGCCAAAUGGCCCCGAAUCGAUUGCAAUGGAUAUCACUUUUCAUGGAUUUGGUCAUGUUUAUGGUAUUCCCGAACACGCAUCAAGCCUUUCGCUCAAGGAGACCAGAGGUGGAGAAAACGCAUAUGAGGAACCUUACAGGUUGUACAAUACCGACGUAUUCGAGUACGCUCUCGAUAGCCCUACCGCUCUGUACGGAUCCGUUCCUUUCAUGAUUGCACACAAACAUAAGAUGUCAGCAGGUAUCUUUUGGAUGAACCCUUCAGAGACAUGGAUUGACAUUGUCAAGGCUAAAGAAGGCGCACAUGAGAAUCUGGCACAAAAGGUGAUGGGUUCACCUGUGACAAGCACCAAGACACACUGGAUAUCCGAAGCCGGUGUUUUGGACGUCUUUAUCUUUCUUGGUCCUUCAACCAAGGAUGUCCUUCGUCAAUACACCCAACUGACAGGCCCACCUGCUCUACCCCAAAUGUUUGCAAUUGCCUACCAUCAAUGCCGAUGGAACUAUAUUAACCAACGCGAUGUGCUCGACGUUGACAGACAGUUUGACGAAAACGAUAUGCCAUACGACGUGAUCUGGCUCGAUAUUGAAUACACCGAUGAGAAAAAGUAUUUCACCUGGGACUCGGCCAAAUUCCCUGACCCCAUCUCGAUGGAGGAAACACUCGAUCGCAAGGGACGUAAGCUCGUGACGAUCAUUGAUCCUCACAUCAAGCACGCAGACGGAUACAACAUCAUCGAGGAGGCCAAGGAAAAGAACUUGCUCGUGAAAAAGCCAGAUGGUUCAGACUACGACGCUUGGUGUUGGCCUGGUCAGUCCUCAUGGGUUGAUUUUGCUCAUAAUGAAUCGUACCAAUGGUGGAAGAGUAAAUUUGCAUUUGAUCAGUUCAAGGGCACAAGAGAGAACGUACACAUCUGGAACGACAUGAAUGAACCUUCUGUAUUUAAUGGCCCAGAAAUUACGAUGCAAAAGGAGAUGAUUCAUGAUGGAAAAUGGGAGCAUCGUGUGUUACAUAAUCUCUACGCUUUCUUAUCCCAUUCUGCUACGACAGAUGGUGUAAGAGAACGCACGGCUGUUCAAAAGCGUCCGUUCGUCUUGACCCGAGGAUUUUAUGCAGGCGUUCAACGUGUGGGUCCUGUCUGGACUGGCGAUAACAUGGCUAACUGGGAAUCACUUUAUUACAGCAACCCCAUGAUCCUCUCCAACGGACUUGGUGGUGUUGUCUUUUCAGGUGCUGACGUGCCUGGGUUCUUCAAUAACCCGACGCCCGAGCUGCUUGUUCGUUGGUACCAAGCUGCAGUAUACCAACCUUUCUUCCGUGCUCAUGCUCAUAUUGACACCAAGCGUCGUGAACCUUACUUGUCUGAAGAACCAUAUCGAUCGAUGACACGAGCUGCUCUCCGUGAGCGAUAUGCUCUUUUACCCUAUUGGUACACACUCUUUUAUGAAGCCUAUAGCACCGGAACACCCAUGAUGCGACCUAUGUUUAUGGAAUUCCCUGAAGACGAACGUUUGUUUGCUACAGAAGAUCAAUUUAUGGUUGGCGAAGGUAUUCUUGUCAAACCAGUGACUGAAGAAGGCGCGCAGUCUACCAAUGUCUAUUUCCCUGACAAUGAGGUAUGGUAUAAUACCAAGACAUUCCAAGCUGUUGGUAAGUCAGGUUCUCAGACCGUAUCCGCACCUCUUGAUACCAUUCCUGCCUACUACCGUGGCGGUCGGAUCAUUCCUCGUCGUGAACGUAUCAGACGCAGCUCAAGAUCGAUGAGACAGGAUCCUUAUACACUUGUCAUUGCUCCCUCCAAGGACCAUAUUGCCCGUGGCACACUUUACAUGGAUGACGAAGAGACGUACGAUUACCAAAGAGGUAUUUACGCUUUCACCACCUUUAACUACGCCAACGGAGAACUCUCAUGCAAGACCGAAGGUGAUACCGCAUUUGCCGAAUCUCAUCAAUCGAUCCGUAUCGAGCGUCUUUAUAUCUUAGCUUCCAAGAAGCCAAGAGGUGUCAAGGUGAUCUCAGGCGACAGUACGGUCGAAUUGGAGUAUACGAUGGAUAAUGACGUCUUGGCAAUCAAAGAUCCCAAGGUGUCAGUGACCAAAUGUGGAUGGCGAGUGGUUGUUUAUUAA